AAUUAAUAAUGGUGAUUUGAGAAUCAAUAUAGGGGGCUUUAGGGAUUUUUCUUUUCACAAAUUAACAAAGAAAAAAAUGGAUGAGGCGUUACUUCCAAGGAAAGAAAGGAGUAUCUGGGAAAUACUAACAUGGGAACUCACAGUGGAAGAAUUCAAGAAAAUAAGCUUCGUCGGUGCACCGUUCAUGGCGGUAGCUAUAUCACAGUACCUUUUGCUGGGUGUAUCGAUGAUGAUGGCUGGACACCUUGGUGAGCUUGCACUAUCUGGUGUUGCCAUCGCCACGGCUUUCUGCAAUGUGACUGGCUUUAGUCUCCUUUGGGGACUUUGUGGUGCACUCGAAACCCUAAACGGACAAGCAUAUGGGGCAACGCAAUACCAUAAACUAGGAAGCUACACUUAUUGUGCCAUAAUAUGUUCUCUUCCAAUUUGUCUCCCGGUGUGUCUCCUAUGGAUGUAUAUGGACAAACUAUUAGUGCUAAUAGGUCAAGACUCUCAAGUUGCAGAGAUAGCUAAUAGAUAUGCCAUAUGUCUCAUACCUGGAUUAUUUGGUUACGCCAUUGUUCAAUCACAAGUUCGUUUCUUCCAAUCCCAGAGCUUGGUUCUUCCUAUGAUGUUUACUUCUCUUGCAACAUUGUGUUUCCAUAUAAUUGUUUGUUGGAUUUUGGUAUUCAAAAUUGGGUUUGGAAGCAAAGGAGGGGCAUUGGCUAUCAGUUUCUCGAAUUGGUUUAAUGUUAUAUUGCUUGGGUUUUACAUGAGAUACUCACCUUCAUGUGAGAAAACCCGAACCCUCCAUUUGAAAGAUGUUUUCUUGAGUGUCAAUGAGUUCUUUCAUUUUGCCAUACCUUCUGCUGUAAUGGCUUGCCUCGAAUGGUGGUCGUUCGAGAUUCUUGUAUUAAUGUCUGGACUUCUGCCAAAUUCCAAGCUUGAAACAUCGGUUCUUUCUAUAUGCCUUUCAAGCGACUCUUUGCAUUAUACUAUAUCGUUUGGGAUUAGUGUAGCUGCCAGUACACGAAUUUCGAAUGAAUUAGGAGCUGGAAAUCCACAAGCGGCUCAGAUAGCAACUCUAGUUUCAAUGCUUAUUGCACUCGUGGAAACACUCAUUGCAAGUACAAUCCUUCUCUGUUGCCGCCAUGUUUUCGGGUAUGCUUAUAGCAGUGAAAACGACGUCGUAAUCAAAGUAACACGAAUGGUUCCAUUGAUCUGCCUCUCAUUUAUUACCGACGGUUUACAUGGAGUAGCUUGCGGGAUCGUGAGAGGUAUUGGGUGGCAGCAUGUUGGAGCUUAUGCAAAUUUAGCAGCAUAUUAUUUGGUCGGAAUUCCAGCAGGAGUUUUAUGUGGUUUUGUUUUGAAGCUAAGAGGGGAAGGCCUUUGGGUUGGAAUGGUGGUUGGGUCUGGUGUUCAAAUGCUUCUUCUUGCCCUUGUCAUUGCUUUUACAAAUUGGAAGAAGCAGGCAAUCAAGGCGAGGGAGAGAAUGCUUCAUGGAACUUCAGCGGGCGAGAAUGAAUCAUUUUGAAUUAGUUUGGAUUGUGUAAAAUAUGAGCAUAUACCUCUUAUAUCUAAUAUGAUUAUAUUCAAUUAUUGUGAAAUGAUGGAUGGAAGUUGGAAGUGGUUUAGUUUAUGAAAUUACAUAAAAGAUGGAAGCUGGUCAAAGAA